AGUAAUUUUUGGACUGACGUUUGACGUUUGUAAUAGAUUUGCUUAGACAAAAUGAGUUUAUGGGUUGACAAAUAUCGUCCAACAACAUUCGCGAAGUUGGAUUACCAUCUCGAGCAAGCAGAGGACUUGAGAAAUAUGGUACAGAAACGAGAUUUUCCACAUUUAUUGAUACAUGGACCUCCUGGCGCAGGAAAGAAAACUCGAAUAUUAUGUAUUUUAAAGGAACUUUAUGGAGUUGCGGCUGAGAGACUGAAAACAGAGACCAUGCAAUUUGAGACACCAUCUAAAAAGAAAAUAGAAAUAAUGACAAUAAACAGUAAUUAUCAUACAGAAGUAAAUCCCAGCGAUGCAGGUAUAUAUGAUAGAAUUGUUGUCAUGGAAUUAAUAAAAGCGACUGCACAAACACAUCAUAUAGAUAUAGGCCAGAAAGAAUUUAAAGUGGUGCUACUGUCGAACGUGGAUCAACUUACGAAAGAUGCACAGCAUGCGCUUCGCAGAACGAUGGAGAAAUACAUCGGUACAUGCAGAUUAAUUCUUUGUGCAAAUUCAACGUCGCGAGUUUUGCCCGCAAUACGAUCGCGAUGUGUACGAAUCAGAGUCCCCGCGCCAACUGCCUCUGAGAUCAAAAGUAUCUUACACUCUAUUUGCAAGCGCGAAGGACUUACCAUGCCCGACGAAUUAGCCGAUCGAUUGAUUGAAGCUAGCGAUCGAAAUCUUCGACGAGCGAUAUUAAUGCUCGAAGCUUGCAAAGUUGAGCAAUAUCCGUUUACGGCCGAUCAAAAAGUAACAGAACCGGAUUGGCAAACAUACAUACGACAAACAGCCAGUAUGAUGGUAAAAGAACAAUCCCCUAAAGUACUUUUAAACAUACGCAACAGAUUUUAUGACUUAUUGACACGUGCUAUACCGUAUGAUCUAAUCUUUAGAGGAUUGCUUCAAGAAUGCAUAAAGAAUUGUGAUGAUCAGGUGAAAAGAGAAAUUAUUGAUGUCGCGUCAGAAUAUCAGCAUAAAAUGUUACAGGGUUCGAAACCCAUUUUUCAUUUGGAAGCUUUUGCUGCACGGUUUAUGGUAAUUUACAAGAAAUAUUUGGAAUCAUCCUUGGAUGGUUUUGUAUAAAAAUUAAUUUUAUUUAAAAUAUCUAUUUUUUUACAUUUUUGAUAAAACAGUUAUGUUACACUAUAACAAACUAAUUAAGUUUUAAAGAUCAUAUUUUAAUAAACGUCUUCAAUAUAUGUCUUGCUAAAUAUCUGAAUAAUAUAAUGUAUAAAUGAAA